AUGGGACUUUUGGAUAUGGAUUUAUUUGCUGACUUUAAACGUAUGAACAAAAGACAGGUAUACUAUCAGGUGUUAACCAUUGCUAUGGUUGUAGCCUCUGCCCUAAUGAUCUGGAAGCUUUUAGUAGUUAUUAGCUAUAGCGAAAGUCCUUUAGUAGUUGUCUUAAGUGGCAGUAUGGAGCCUGCAUUCCACCGGGGUGAUGUGUUGUAUCUAACUAAUUAUCCUGAUGAGCCCAUCCGAGUUGGUGACAUCGUUGUAUUCAAAAUUGAAGGGAGAGAAAUUCCUAUUGUUCAUCGCGUUCUGAGACUGCACGAAAAUGUCAACGGUACCAUCAAGUUUCUCACAAAGGGAGACAAUAAUCCUGUUCAUGAUCGUGGUUUGUAUGCUCCUGGUCAAGAUUGGCUGACACCAUCCCAUCUUAUUGGACGAGCUAGAGGAUUCAUACCUUAUGUUGGUCAAAUCACCAUACUUAUGAAUGAAAAUCCCCGUCUUAAAUACUCUGUCUUAGGCGUUAUGGGUAUCUACUUAUUAUUGAAUAGAAAUCAAGAGUAA